GAUUAGCUGUUAAUCGAUCGUCAUUGGCAAUUACCCUCAGCACGUUUGUAAAAACUGAUUAUUUUUGUAUCAAUAUCGGAAAAAUAAAAACUUAUCAGAACAACUCCAGCUUGGAAAGCGUUUUAUCUCCGAUUUAUUAUCACCGCUGAAACGUGUUAUCUAAAUUUAUUGCUCCAAUUCCCAUGCAGUGUGAAAAGAGCGAUGGAAAAAGUCGUCCCAAUUAGAAAAACAUAACACACUAAAAGGUAUGUUUGAAAUGGGCCAAAGGCAUUCGAAGCGUGCGAAAAUCCUCCCAUCCCAACCGGAAGUAACCGAAAUCUUUGAGUUAAACGACAACCAAAGCGAGCUGGAUAACAGCGAAGUCGAUACCGUUGUUGAGAUAUUUCCAGUCGAAUUAAAGAAUAUGAUGGAUGCUUUGGAGUCUAUAGAACGUACCAUCGAAGCCAUGACUAUGUCUCAAAUCGAUCUCUACUACGCGACUCUGAAAGACGACUUGCACAAUCACUGGCAAAAAGCUUACGACUUCAUGGACCACGGCGACGAGGCCACUAAGAAAAAAAAGAUCGAAGUGAUCGAUCGAGUGAAGAAAACCCUAAAACGACUCAACGAGAAAGUCCUAAUAAAAAAGCAAGCUGUAUAUAAUUAAAUCUAAUAAAAAAU